AUCCCUCUUGUUCUUGUUCUUAUGGAAGACAUAAAGAUGCAAGUGUAUAUUAAAAUCCUUGGAAAGUAAUCAUUUUGAUAAAAUUAACAACAUUUUUAAAGAGCCCGUACAUUAACCAUUUUGCAGAACAAUUAGUAGGAAAUUUCCUUGAUUUAUACUAUUUAACUUCCUAUUCAAUUUCCACAGGCAAGAGUCAAGCAAAGCAAUACAAAGACUUCAAAAGUCAAUGGCUCAUUUCCUCUACAUUUCAUCCAAUCACCAAAAGCUUAAGUACCCAUUUCCCCUUUACCUUCACUCCAUCUCUCUAUCCUCAAUCUUUCUUCAAGGAUUCUUGAAAACUAAACAGUAAAGUUGCAAUCUUUAAGCAGCUAAGAAGCAAAAAUGGUGAAAAUUGGAGAAGGAAUUGAAGUCAGAGAUGAGCUAAUCAAGAAAACAUGUAACUUAACCAUGGAAGCUCACAAUUUAUCACCUGGGAAACCUUAUAUUUACAAGAAAAUUAAUGGGUCUACUGAUGUUGUUUUUGCUUUUGCUGGAACUUUGUCUUCUGAUGGUUGGUACAGUAACACUUCUUUUGGAGAGAAAGAGAUCAACACCACUCUGUUUCCAUCUUUGAGAAGUGUUGGCACUGAUGAAGUAGCUAAGGUCAAUGAAGUAUUUGCUACAAGAUUUGAAGAGAUACUGGACAAAUCUUCACUUAAAAAUGAGGUGGAGAAGGCAAUGUUAGAAGGAAGACAGGUAGUGUUUGCAGGGCACUCGUCGGGUGGCGCUAUAGCUAUUCUGGCAGCUCUCUGGUGUCUGGAAUGUUGCCGCACAAGACCAAAUGGUGACAUGUUACUCCAUCCAUACUGUAUGACUUUUGGAUCCCCUCUUGUUGGUAACAAGAUAUGGUCUCAUGCCCUCAGGCGCGAAAACUGGGCUCGUUACUUCCUACAUUUUGUCAUGAAGUACGACGUUGUCCCCAGAAUGAUGCUUGCUCCUCUUUCAUCAAUUCAAGAAUUGCUUCAAGUAAUCUCUCCCUUCAUCAAUCCAAAGUCCCAGUAUUAUCAGCACGAGGCUGUUGCACGAUCAAGUCAUGCAUCGAAUUUCUUUAUGACUGUAAUGAGGAGUGCAUCCUCUGUUGCAAGCUAUGAUGCAUGUAAUCUGAAGGGAUGCACAAACUUACUGUUGGAAACUGUUUCCAACAUUGUUCAACUUAGCCCUUACAGACCCUUCGGAACUUACAUCUUCUGCACUGGGAAUAGGAAACUGGUUGUCGUUGAGAACCCUGAUGCUGUUCUGCAGUUACUGUUCUAUUCCUCUCAAUUGAGUUCCGAAGCAGAAGCUGCAGUAGUUGUUCCUAGAAGCUUAAACGAUCACCUGUUAUAUAAAAACGAAAUGCAAGAUAGCUUAGAGAUGCAAGAUGUUCUCCAUCUCAACAAUCUUACUGAUAUUCCUUUAUCUUCAAAUGUUGAUCCAAGUAUGAAUUCAGCACUGAAUGACCUUGGCCUGAGUACAAGAGCAAGGCUGUGUCUUCGUGCAGCAGGAGAGUGGGAGAAGCAGAAGAAGAAGAACGAGGAAAAGAUUGAACAAAAUAAGAGAAGCAUCAGGGACGCAUUAAGCAAGAUACAGGAGUAUCAGACCAAGUGUGAUAUCCGUAAAGUUGGGUAUUAUGAUGCAUUCAAGAUUCAAAACACCGAUGAUGACUUCAAUGCUAAUGUGAGAAGGCUUGAGCUAGCAGGUAUAUGGGAUGAGAUCAUUGAAAUGUUGAAAAGGUAUGAGCUCCCAGAUAGCUUCGAGGGACGAAGAGACUGGAUAGAACUAGGGACACAGUUUCGCAGGCAAGUUGAGCCCUUGGAUAUUGCAAACUAUUACAGGCACUUGAAGAAUGAAGAUACUGGACCUUACUUGAUCAGGGCUAGGCCUAAGCGUUAUCGGUUCACACAGAGAUGGUUAGAGCAUUUUGAUAGAGUGCAAGCUGGUGCACGUUCCGAGUCUUGUUUCUGGGCAGAAGUUGAGGAACUAAGAAACAAGCCAUUUGCACAAGUGCAAGACAGGGUUUUGAAUUUAGAAACAGCUGCAAAUGGCUGGAUCCAGAGUAGCCUUCUUGGCGAUGAUAUUUUCUUCCCUGAAUCUACCUAUACCAAGUGGUGGAAAACACUCCCACCUCAGCACAAACAGGCAUCUUGGGUGUCAAGGAAAAUAACUCCUUAGCGCCUUGCGCCCUAAUAUCUUGAUAAAGAUGGUAUCCCAGCCAACUCACAGACACCUAUAACAUUCCACCACAUAUGUUGCAAUGCCCCUAAUAAGAGCAGCCAGAUGGUAUUUGCUUCAGAUAAUAAGAAAAAGAUAGAAGUAACAGCUUUACAUUACUUCAAUGAGAUUAACCCAGAUAUAUGUAGCUCAGAUAAUUGAAGAUGUUUCAACUUUCAUGAGAACUGCUUUACUUGUAUGGUAGAUUAGUAGCAAGAAUAGCAACAACAUUCAAGUAUUUAAGUUUGGGAUACAACAAACUCACAAUUUUUCCAUGUA